AUGUGCCUCCUCGUGAACACAUAUCCGAGUUGUGCAUUGUUCGGGCAUCCGACCGAAGCGGCGGACGCGGAAAGAUUCGACCAGGCUUUGUGCGAUGAAGCGUCCGUCUUGGGCACAUUUGGCACGUGUCAGGGGAUUUCUUCCAGGAACGUACCGGAUUUUGCGUCCCCGUAUUGCACUGAAUGCAACGAAGUUGAAGCCGACAUGCAUCUCAAGGUCGCAGAAGUACUAGAAGUAAACGAGCGGCCCGGUGCAUCCCAAAUUCCUCUUAUCACGGAAUCAUUUCUCUCACACCUUAGGGGGCUUCCUAUUGAUCGCACUAGAGCACCUGAAAUCGUUGCAGAGGAAAUUUUACGACACCUCGGUGAGGAGGGUACCAGAGCGCUAUCGGUUCUAGACAAGCUUCGCGCGUAUAUUUGGGCAACUGUGCAGAGUCCUGACACAGGUCCGAACAACGAAUCAAGGAACUAUUUCGCAAGCUGGGUUAUCAGCGUUUGUAGGAUCGCUCACAUUGAAGCCGCCGAGGCCAUCGCUAAAAGGGAGGAGGACGACGACCGACUGCAACUUCUGCAACUACUGGCAAUUCAUACCCAAGCUGCGUCAGUAUAUCGUGCGCGACUUGAGAGUAUUGGACAGUUUCAAUCUAUGAUGCUCCUUUCAGGAAUCACUAAGCUGGUGGACACUGUAUCUGUGGAGCUGUCAACAGAGGUUGGGACUUCAGAAGCCGAGACAUGA